UAAUGAAGGUGGUGCAGCUGGUGCAGCUGGUGGCGAGGAUGUUGGUGGGAGUGGAAGUAUCCGCCGUAAGGUCAUACGAUUAAACGAGCUGUAUUCUCGGGGUUUAGAAAAUCUUACAGAAGACGAGUUGCUAGAGUUGUACAAUCUAGAAGAUGAUGAGUAUAUGGAUACGAUAAUGCAUCCUUUGAUGGAAUAUUACAAUCGUUAUUUUUCUAAACAACCAAUGGCGGAAGAACGAGGAUUAGGUUGGCAAAACCUUGAAAGGCAGAUUCGUAACAAGCCGGUAAAUUGUAUGAACAUGUUAAGGAUGCAUCCGGAAGCAUUCAAGAACCUGUGCACAACGCUGGAGCAACGUUACAACUUACGGAGUACCGAUAAUAUCAGUAUUGAUGAGAUGGUGGCAAUAUUUUUGGUUACAUGCGGUCAAAAUGCAUCUCAACGCUUUGUUGGAAUGACUUUUGGUCGUUCCCAAGAGACUGCUUAUCGAAAGUUCCAUGAGGUACUGGACGCUGUAGAGAGACUUGCAUGUGAGUAUUUAAAAACUCCAACAACAACAUCACUCCAGCACUAUCCUCGUAAGUUACAAGAAGAUUCAAGAUAUUGGCCUUUCUUUAGUGGAUUUGUUGGAGCACUUGAUGGAACGCAUGUCAAAGUAAUGGUUGGAGGUAGUGAUGCAGUUGGGUAUUUUGAUAGAAAUGGACAGAAAAGUCUAAACAUAAUGGCCAUAUGCGAUUUAAACAUGAUCUUCAAGUAUGCAUGGCUAGGCGCAGCUGGAUCCACACAUGAUUCAUUGGUGUUGCAGUAUGCAAUAGAUGGAGAUCCUUUAUUCCCGAGACCUCCUAUAGGUAAGUAUUAUCUCGUCGAUUCUGGAUAUGCGAACAAGCGGGGAUUUCUAGCUCCAUAUAGAGGAAGCAGCAGAGAAAACAUCAGAUAUCAUCUUUCAGAAUUUGAUGCAGGUGCUCCGAGGAACAAAAAAGAAUUAUAUAAUAGGUGGCAUGCAUCACUUCGUUCUGUGAUAGAACGAACAUUCGGAGUUUGGAAAAAAAAAUGGACGAUUCUUGACAAUUUGCCUCGUUAUGAUGUCAAGACUCAGAACAGAAUUGUGCAUGCUACUAUGGUUCUUCACAAUUUUAUCAGGCUUCAUAGAAUUCCAGAUGCUGAUUUUGAAGACGAAAAUGUCACUGCUCGAGAUAGUCGUGGACGACGAUUUGCAGAAGGCGAACUUAAUCGACUUGAGGAAGAAGAGGGAACAAAUGAUGGCCAAUAUAUGAAUAACGUACGAGAUGAGAUAGCAAAUAUGCUAUGGAAUGUACGUCGUCAUUAGUUUCUCUCUUUUUAUUUUCUAUGUCUCAAAUGUUUUUCAUUUUUUUUUACAUAGGAUCAUUUUAUUUA